GGUUCGCUUGCCUGCCUUCGCGCCCGGGUUCAGUGCGUUUCAGUAUCUUAAAGUAUCUUGUAUCUUGAAGUUCGCUCUCGUCGUUUCGCAGCCCGCGUCGUGCAGAUACAGAUACAUUUCUGGAUUAACGCUAAUUCGUUUUUGAUUGCCGCCAAGGGGGGGAUCGCCAAUGGACCGUAUGGAGAGAGCCAGCUGCUGUUGAUUCUCAUUGCCGAGAAGGAAACCGAAUACCACCAGCUGGAUACAAACAUCCUCGCACCAACAGCCAGGACGAGGCACACGAUCGCAUCGAAUCGAAGGAUCAAACAAAGGACUCGUGCCACACAGCCAGACAAGGGGGUUGAUGAUAGCAGCGCCUCCUAAAGACUUCCAGCCCAUGCGGUCGGGGGUCGAGACAAAGUGAUCCUGCCGAAGGACAACGCCGCACUCUUAUCAGCCAUGCAUGGCAGAGGGUUGAAAACGGGAACUCGCUUCUUAUCUUAAAGCUCGGGAGGAGGGUGACAACUAAAUCGAGCAGAUGUGCAAACAACACGGAGCUCGGAUGACGGAUGACUGACGAAAAGCCAGCAAUUACACCUUGAGCGAUCGCAGGGGAGGGGGGAGUACAGCGAAGCAAAAAAAGGAUCAUCAGGCGCGUGCCCAGCACACUCGGAUUUCCCAGUUGAAAUUUUGCUGGGCAAGUAGUCUUGGCUUGGCAAGCUUCAAAAUUUGAUGUUUAAUAAUGUCGGUGGAGAACAGUUUGGGAGUUCUAGACUUCAGUCUGGCUAACGAGAGAGCGGCGAAAACGGCGUCGGGAGUCGACAAAUCAGCAGGAGCAGCAGCAGUUGCAAUCCCAUACCACAAAACCACUGGCAAGGAGAACGAGCCGGAGACCGUUGCCGCGCUUCUACCGGAUUCUGAGCCCGUCACCGAUCUUGAUCUCGACACUGAGCACCUGGGAAGGGGCAACAUUCUGACCACGGGUGCUUCAGCACAGCCAGCCACGCCAAAAGCCGCCGUUGGUGUUACGCCCACUUCUGCCACGGCGUCGCCAAAGUCUGGGCAGGAUGUGGGCGACGGUGGCUGCCUAAGCCAGCCGCAGGGAAACACAGAACUAAAAUUCCAGUCCUAUGUGAACGGAAACGGGAAUGGCGUCUACAAGAUCAUCAAGACGCUCGGAAAGGGAAACUUUGCGAAGGUCAAGCUGGCCCUGCACGUGCCCACUGGGCGCGAGGUGGCCAUUAAGGUCAUCGACAAGACGCAGCUGAACACCAGUGCCCGGCAGAAGUUGUACCGGGAGGUUAAGAUCAUGAAGCUGCUCAACCAUCCGAACAUAGUACGUCUCUUCCAAGUGAUCGAGUCGGAACGGACGCUAUACCUGGUAAUGGAAUACGCCAGCCGGGGCGAGCUCUUCGACCACCUGGUGAAGAACGGCCGGAUGCGAGAGCGGGACGCACGGGUGAUCUUCCGCCAGUUGGUCUCAGCUAUUCAGUACUGCCACAGCAAGUUCGUGGUGCACCGGGACCUGAAGGCCGAAAACCUGCUGCUCGACCAACACAUGAACAUUAAAAUAGCGGACUUUGGAUUCGGCAACACCUUCGAUCCCAAUGCCCAGCUGGAGACGUUCUGUGGGAGCCCGCCGUAUGCGGCACCGGAACUUUUUAUGGGAAGAAAGUACGCGGGACCGGAAGUGGAUGCCUGGUCCUUGGGCGUGGUGCUUUACACUCUUGUUAGUGGGUCCCUGCCUUUCGAUGGAGGCACGCUGAAGGAGUUACGUGAACGUGUUCUGCGAGGAAAGUACCGGGUUCCCUACUACAUAUCCAUGGAUUGCGAGAAUCUAAUGCGCAAGUUCCUGGUCCUGAAUCCUGCCAAGCGGACCUCGCUCUCAGCCGUCAUGUCCGACAAGUGGAUCAAUCUGGGGCACGACGAGAACGACCGGCUGAGGGCCUACCGAGAGAGACCCAUGGAGCUGCAGGACCCCGCCCGCAUGGACAUUCUGGUGAGCAUGGGCCACAAGCGGCGCGAUGUGGAGCAGUCCGUGAAAGGGCAACUUUUCGACGACAUCUACUGCACCUACAUGCUUCUGGGCGUGGCCAAGCCUCGCUCCUCCGGCAGCCGGAUGACCAAAGCGGAGCAGGCGGCCGCAGAGUUGGGCGUGGGAAGUCCGUCGGUUACCCAGCCACCGAGCCAGCCCUCAAUUACCACGCCCACGGUGACCAUAGCUCAGGUGACACUUGCCCUCGACCCCAAGAAUGGAGUUCCAGCGACAGCGGGAGCGUCUCGUCCGAUGCCCACGCGCCUUCCAAAUCCCAUGGCCACGCCAACUUCCACUUCCUCGCCAGGACCGCCCGCCAAGCCCACUCGCCGCACACCCGCCCGCAAGACAACCACCACACCAGCACGCCAGGAGCCCACAACUCCGCAGACCAAACGAGGAGCAGCCGCGGAUGUGAAGCCAACACUGCUAAGUGCCCAGCGUCAAAUGGCCCAAACGCAGAAGAUGGCCAACACGCCGACCAGGUUUAGUUACGCCAACGCGCAGACCCCGCAGCCUAACCAGGGCUCCCGCCGGCCCACAACUCUCUAUGAAAAGGGCGAGUCGGCGACCGCCACGCCCCUUUUGGUUCCAAAGUCCCCAGCGAUUGGCGGACGACUGAUGGAGCGGAUUCCUGGAGCGGGGGCCGCUGUGGUAGACAAGUCUUCCGAAAAGCCCUUCACACGACACAAUGUGGCACGGGCCACCUUCCAUUUUGGCCAAGGACGCAACGGCAAGAGAGGCGCCAAUAGUGGAAACGGCGCAGGGGGAGGUAGCGGAGCUGGGGAGGAGGACGGCUACACUCCGCCUCUGUCCGCCGACGACACCAAGCCCGCCUCGCGGGUGGGCUUCUUUUCCAAGUUGACGGCGCGAUUUGGGCGACGGGUGAUCCAGCUGAACGAGAAGGAUGUCGCUGAUCAGCGAAAGAACCUCACCAAAUAGCCAGGAUCAGAAGACCCAGUUCCUGCCCCAUUGGAGAGCAGCGAUCAGUCCCCGAGGAUCGAUCUUAUUUUGUCUAGUUGGUAUAUUUUAUGAAAGCGACUAAAAUAUAGUAUAUUAAAUGUUGA